AUGCCGCUGCUGACAUUCAAGGCUAAGACACUCUACAAUCAGGUGGUAAGAUCUGCCACAAUAGCAGCCAUCGGAAUAAACCUCAUUGCAUGCGUACGCCACAGCACACAGACGGUGCUGUACACAGAUCACAAACGAGCACGGGCUUACAAGAAGUCUGUCUCCAUGGAGCUUCCUCUUGAUGCAGAAGCCUAUGUCUGGUGGCCUGUCAUCCUCUACAUGUUCUACCUGAUGUCUGUGGUUUGCGAUGACUACCUCCUGCCCGCAGUUGAUGCUAUCAGUGCACGAUUUCACAUCCCAGAUGAUGUUGCAGGCGCGACACUGGUCGCAUUUGCUUGCAAUGGUCCAGAGCUUUUGACGAACAGCUGCUCCAUCUAUCUCAACGAUGAAUCAGUAGGAAUUGGCACGAUUGUUGGUUCUGCAAUCUUCAACGUGCUGGUCAUAACUGGAUGCUGUCCACUCGUUGCCCCGAAGAACUCUCUGAAGGUGAACCCAGCUUUUUUUCUGCGUGAUGCUGGUUUCUCUGCUAUCUCCAUAUUGCUGCUCUGGUGGGCCCUUCCGAUUGUCGAUUUGUUGAAGGCUUCGACGUUGUUGGCGUUUUCUGCAUUGUAUGCCUUUGUGGUGGCCAAGAGCGAAACGUGGUUUGGUGGCCACCACUAUGAUGGCACAGAAUCCUUGGCAGAUGGGAUCAUAACCUCGCCAUCGGCAAUUGCUAGGCAGGUGUCUGCAGAGCCUGAUCUCUCAUCUCCAUUUCUAGAGAAGAACAACCAGAACAACCAACCUUUGCGGCAAGCAUGGAAGCAAGUUCUGCUUUCACCUGGCGGAGUUCUUCUUUGGCUAACCAUCCCAAAUGUGAAAUUACAGCCACGCCGAUACUUCUCCAGCUUCUUUAUGUCCAUGGCAUGGCUGAGUAUCACCGCCUACAUCGUUUGCAUUGCUUCUAACAGAAUCAAUGUUCUCUGGCAAAUCCCGAAGAGCUUUCUCGGAUUGACUCUUGUUGCGGUUGGCACCUCCUGGCCAAAUCUGUUGGCCUCAGUUGUCACUGCCAGGCAAGGUCGUGGAGAAAUGGCCGUUAGCAAUGCCUUGGGGAGCAACGUUCAGAACAUCUUCUUUGUGUUGGCAUUUCCCAUUUUCAUCAGUGUGCUGACGAGGGGCAACUACACCAGUGAUAGCACGGAAAUCUUGUCCUCAGUGCUUUGGAUGGGAGCUACGCUUGCAGUGGUGGUCCUUCUGAUAAGCGUUGCAUCUUUUGGCAUGAGCUUCAGUUUCGUAGCCCUGUUGAUGAACGAGGGCAGCUGCGAAGCCAGGUUCAGGCUCUUCAAAAAGAGCGAGAUGAGCUAUUUGCAGAGGUGGAAUGGUGGACAGGGUUCACAGGGUGGACAGGCCAGAGAAGCUCGAUGGCUCUCGCAGCAGAAGGAGCUUGAGUCAAGGCUUGAAGCCAUGUACGAUGAGAUCAAGGCCAGGAGAGCGGAAGCAGCAGCAGCGAGGGAUGAGGUUCAGCGGCUCAACAAUGCUCUGAAUGCAUCCCAUUCCUCCAGCAAGGCUGCAGAGGCAGAGCUUGGUAAGGCUGCGAAGUGCUUGGAAGAGACAUCAGCAAGAUGUCACUUUGCGGAGGGCAAUGUCCAGCAACUGACAGCUGAAAUUCAGGAGCUUCGUGCCUCAGCCAACGAUGCUCUGCGAAAAGCGCAACGCUGUGAUGCCGCAGAAGCAGAGAUGGCAGAGCUGCAGCAGAGACUUCGCAGAGAGCUGCUGAGGCGUUCAGACGAGAUCACGUUGGAGCAGAAAUUUCAAACGGCCCAAAGCCUAGCUGAGGAGCGGACCCAGCAGGCCGUUAGACGGGCUGACAUUGCAGAGCAAAGGGCCAACGCGGCAGAGAAACAAAUGAAAUCUUUGGAAAUGCGACUGGCAGAUGCAAACACCAAUUUGGCAAGCUCAACAACUGCACUUCAACUGGCGCAAGCUGAGAAAGACAGAUUCAGCCAAGACGCAAGUACGGCCAAAGCAAAAGUGGCUCAAAUCAUGGAACAAUUGAGUGAUUCUGAAGCUCAAAACGCCGUACUUCAGCGUGAAGUCGAAGGGUUCUCAGAUUUGCAAAGUAAAUUUGCUGAUGCAAUUUCGAAGGCUUCGCUGAAGGAGCAGAGUUGUCAAGAUUUGACGGAGCAAAUUGCCGUGUUGAAGGCAAAAAAUGAUGCGUUCACUGCCGAAUCCUGUGCAUUGGAAGAGAAGAGACAAGCAGAGAUGGAGUCGUUGAGAGAAAAAGAACAGGACUUGCAGCAGAACCUGAACCGAGUGCAAAGAGAUGCUGAUGCAGUAGCUGCUGCUCUGCUUGCUGCUGAGCAACGAGUAGGUCCGCUGGAAGCAGAGGCGUCACGGUGCCGCGAGGAAGCUAAUGAAGCUGUCCUUGAGGCACAGCAACGUCGCUUAGAGGCGGAGGCCACUCGGAUGGCGCACUAUGAACAGGAGAGGGAAGUGCAGCAGUUGCGAGAGCGUGUCAUCACCCAGGGCGAAGAGUUGACUCGGCUUCAGACCCUUUUGGUGCAGAGCUCGGACACUUCUGACUUGACACCACGUGGUACACGGCCGCAGUUGCCCCCAGCUGGCAAGCGCCUUCCGACGCCACUUGCAACACGCCCAAGUACACCCCACGAGUCGACUUUUCCACAGGCACGGCGUUCCUUCUCCAAGUCCAGCAGGACCCCAAGCGCCAGCACAAGGGUGCCAGAUGAUGACAACCGCUUCUAG